UCCCGUAAAGGAAGUGUUUGUGUCCGAGCGGAAGUCCACGUCAGCACUCCGCCAGAGACCUCAGCCCGUUUCCGUUCCGACUCAGCCCGUCUUAAACUCUCCUCUCUGUAGUUCUGCACGCGGACCGACUCAGCCCGUUUUAAACUCUUCUCUCUUCUGUAGUUCUGCACGCGGAAUGGCGGACGAGGCCACGCGCAGGGCCGUGUCGCAACUGCCGCUGCUGAAGACGCACGCGGGUCCGCGGGACCGCGCGCUGUGGCCGCAGCGCCUGAAGGAGGAGUACCAGAGCUUGAUCCGCUCGGUGGAGCAGAACAAGGCGGCGGACUGCGACUGGUUCCGCCUCGAGUCCAACGCCGACGGCACGCGCUGGACCGGCACGUGCUGGUUCAUCCACGAGCUGCUGCGCUACGAGUUCCGGGUGGAGUUCGACAUCCCGGUGACGUACCCGGACACGGCGCCGGAGGUGGCGGUACCGGAGCUGGACGGGAAGACCGCGAAGAUGUUCCGCGGCGGGAAGAUCUGCCUGACGGACCACUUCGCUCCGCUCUGGGCGCGCAACGCGCCGCGCUUCGGGCUCGCGCACCUGAUGGCGCUGGGCCUCGGGCCGUGGCUCGCCGUGGAGGUCCCGGAUCUGAUCAGCAAGGGGCUCGUGGUGCACCGGGAGCGGCAGGGCGACGCGGCGGCCGAGUGAUGUCACCGGGAGCGGCAGGGAGACGCGGCGGCCGAGUGACGUCAACGGGAGCGGCAAGGAGACACUGCGGCCGAGUGACGUCACCUGUAACCGUGGAGACUAAAACACUGACUGACUGUUUCAGAGUCAUGUUUGGUUCAGAGUAAAAAUGGUGAAAAGAUGAACGGAGUCUGGUGGAGACUGAAACUCUAAUCUGACUGGAAACAUUCAAUAAAGAAGAGUCUGGUGUGAAUAAUCAGAUUAUUUUGGUUUAAAAGAGAAGGAGAGGUUUAGAGAAUCUUUGUGAUAUAUGUUGUAAUAAAAUAAACUAAACGGUU